GGCAGCAGCAGCAGCAGCAGCUGAAUGAAGCAGACGCGGAGGAAGUGGCGGUUAAUGCAGCUCCACACCUUUCCGGUGUAGCAGCGCCGCGACCAGCUCCACUUCCCGGAGAGAGACGAGCGCUGGUGGGGUUAUCGAGGCAGGAGGGGGAGACAGGAGGGGGACCAGAAGUGGAGUUUCACGAGUGGACGCGGGUGUUGCUGAGUCACCGAGGAUUGCUUUUAAUUCCGAAGCGGACCCCCCCCCCCUUCCAGCUUCGGUGAACGCACCCGGCUCGGUGGAGUAACCGCAGAAAGCUGCUUUUUCCUGCGGUGAAGAGAACAAGGGCGCAGCCGGCGAGGAGGACACAAGCGCCAGAAGGAAGUCACAAGUGCCGAGGCUUUUCUCCGGGCCUCGUUCUCACUCACACACACACACCGUGUCUGACAUCUGCAGGUUUGACUCACCACGGCCUGAGUGUGUGUGUGUCUGUCACGCAGCUUUGUGUAGAUUUUGGCCAAACACAAUGAAAGUCGGGCAACAGCUGCUGCCAAGUUGUUCGUGUUAACCGAGCCAUGUUGUGUGCAGGGCCUGACAACACUGUGCUGCUCUGAACAUAGAUGUCCCAGCACUUCACUGGAUCCUGACGCACAGACUCUCCAAGAAAAGUCCCCAAGUAUUGUUAGGUUUAAACAUGAGUGUGCAGUUUUGACUUCACCCCCCCUCACCCGUAGGUGCUCUCUCUAGUUAUGUGUUCACAUGUAAGCCCUUAAUCAAACUGAAGCUCUAGAGUUAAAGUGAAUCACCACCAUCAUCAUCAUCAGCACUGUAUCUGACAUUUUUCUCGUUAGGAACAAAGUAUUUAUGCACAAGAGUCCAACAUGGGGAAGAUGCUCUCAAAGAUAUUUGGCAACAAGGAGAUGAGAAUAUUAAUGCUCGGACUCGAUGCUGCCGGGAAGACAACGAUCCUUUACAAACUGAAACUCGGACAGUCUGUCACCACGAUCCCCACGGUCGGCUUCAACGUGGAGACCGUCACCUACAAAAACGUCAAGUUCAACGUGUGGGAUGUGGGAGGCCAGGACAAGAUUCGCCCCCUGUGGCGACACUACUACACGGGCACCCAGGGGUUGAUUUUCGUGGUGGACUGCGCGGACAGGGACCGCAUAGACGAGGCGAGGCAGGAGCUCCACCGCAUCAUCAACGACCGGGAGAUGAGGGACGCCAUCAUCUUGAUAUUCGCCAACAAGCAAGACCUCCCGGACGCCAUGAAGCCCCACGAAAUCCAAGAGAAGCUCGGGUUGACCCGCAUCAGAGAUAGGAAUUGGUAUGUUCAGCCCUCCUGUGCAACCACAGGUGAUGGACUAUAUGAGGGCCUGACAUGGCUAACCUCAAACUACAAAUCUUAAUGAUUGAGUGCUGACUGUUUUAGGUCAAAACUGUAAUAACGUUGCAAGUAACAAAUAACUUCUCAAACUGAGUAUGGUUAAGAAAAAGUUGAUGAUUUCCCCAUUUAUUUUUUAAUACCUUUACCCCACGACUAAUUUAUCUUAAACUGGGAUUUCUGGCUUACAGUUUGCUUUUGCUCUGUAGCAAGCUUAAAUCACAUUCUAUGUUUUUUGGGGGGCUUGCUUGAUGAAUAUUGGAAUUGAUUGGUCCAAUUGUUAAAAGCCACAGAGUUCACCGCCUUUGCCUCUUCUUUUUCCUGUUUUAUAUAAUUUUUCUAACGGAGCGGAGGUUUUUAUCUUUCUCGGACUGUGGCUUGUUUCAAAGUUCUUGGGCGUCUGUUGCAUUGAACUUGGAUCUUUGUUCUCUUUCUUCCAAGGUGCGAUAUUUCAUGUCAUGUAGCCUCCUUGGAAAGACUUUGACACAGUACUGUGAUGAAAAAUGUUUCUUCUCAAUGGUACAGCAGCAAGGGAAAAAAAGGAGGGGAAAAAAAUACACCAUUGCUUAGAUUUCAUUGUCAUCAGUCUUGACAUCAGAGGGAAAAAAUGACAUUUGGACAUGUUUCUUUAGCCCUCCCACUCCCCUCAUGUGGGCCAUAGUUAACUGAUUGACCUUUUGUGUCAUGUCUUGAUACCUAAUUGUGCUGAAUAUUCAACAACUAGGCCUCCAGUAACUUAAACAUGCUUGUUGGGAUGCAUUUUGAAUUUUGGGUAACAUGUAGUCGUUGACUCAAUCUCUCCAAAGGAAUGUCAUUCAGCUCUGAGCGCUCUCAAUCUGAUACCACAGUUGAUUAGUCUCAGUAUUGGGACAUUAUAUGAUAGCCUAUAUCUGUAGCAUGAGUACGAAAGUACAGUAACCCUACAUCAGAGUCCAUCUGUCGUGCAGUCAGAGGGAGCUGUGGACCGGUGAAAUGUUGACUGACACCUUGUGUUGCAGCUCUUACUCCUAUUUUGACUGAGGGGAACCAUGUACAGAACAAUGUCAUUGUAAUGUCUUAUUAAAAAAGUGAUUUUAAAUCUG